UUCAGCUGCUUUUGUUUGGUAAACAAUUAAAUUUCAUUGUUUCAGUGGUUUUAAUGAAUAAAUAAAUAAAAAAGAUAAGACGAAGUCUUUUUAAAAAAAUGGAAAAUGAAAGUUUACCAAGUGAAGUUCCAGGAAAAAACGAAGUGAAAUUAGAAUCAUAUGAAAAUAUUAUAUUAUAUGUUUGUAGUUUAUGUCUCCGGUCUCAUCAUAGCUCUUUAGGAAAUUUAAGAGAACAUAUGAUUAAAGACCAUGGGUGUCGUGUUCGCAAGGAUAUAAAAAGAAGAUGUUUAGAAAAAUUAAAGGUUAAAAAACCAAAUCCAGAAGAUUUAGUGCCCGUAGUGGGUUUUAAGGAUUUUAAAACAAUAUUAAAAAAAAGCUGUACAUUUAAGUGCCCUCUAAAAGGAUGUAGUUUUAGUUUUGAUUCUGAAGAAAAACAAGAAACACAUUUUCGUUGCCAUACAACAGAUGACCCAAAUAAAUUGACUGAUUUUAAAUGUUUUGAUUGCGGACAAGAAACUAAAACUUGGAGAAAUUGCAGUAAUCAUAUGUGGUCAGAUCAUGAGAUUGAUGUCGAUUUAUUAUCAUGUCCGAUAUGUUCCUUUAAAGCUAUGACAUGUGUAAAAGUUUGGAAACAUAUGAAAAUUCAUAAAAAGUGGACUAAUAAAGUCCUUGAAUCAUCAAAUCGUAAAAGAAAUUCAAAACCGAAAAAAUUAAUCAAUAAUAAAAAAUAUUAUUCUCAAAAAGUUUGUGAAAUUUGUAACAGGGUGUUUGUAAAUGGAAAAACUUUAUCGAAGCACAUAAAAGCUGUACAUAAUAAAAUAAAACCAUUUAUAUGUAGAGUUUGUGGUUUAAAAUUAGCUAGAAAAUCAACUUGGUUGAUUCAUCAGCGACAACAUACUGAUGAGAAACUUCAAUGUAAAUAUUGUGAUUUUAAAGCUCGUGAUCCUAGUGUUAUAUAUAAACAUGAAUUAAGGCAUAAACAAAUUAAACCAUAUAAAUGUAAAUUGUGUAAUUAUUCAUCAAUUCAAACAAAAACCUAUAAGAGUCAUUUAAAAUAUUAUCAUCCGGAAGAAUAUAAAAAAAUUGCAUGUGAUCAAUGUAAUUAUGUAACAAUUACUGAAGAAAAAUUAGAGGCACAUAAAAAAGAUCAUAAAAAAGGAUUAGUUGUUAAUGAAGACUCAGCUGAUGUAACUGGUAUAUUUAAAAAUCCACAAAAAUUCUAUAAUCAGGAGAAAUCAAUAAAUAAUAUUGAGUUGUCAUCGGAUUGUUUUCUACCACUUGAAAGUAUUGAUUCUAUACAACAUGACGAUACAGGUGGCGUUACAAUUCCAGCACUUUCAGAAGAUACACAAUUUCCGAAUUUUUAAGAAUUUGUGGUAAAGAUCAAAUAUUACACAGUAAAUAUACC